UCAGCGCUCUGCGUUGUCAGUCUGAGACGUUUUAUAAGUAAACGAGUCGUGCUCCCGCCCUCACUAUCGGCAACGACCGCGCAGUGACCACUACCAGUUUAAAUUUAGUCAAAUAUAAGUGUAUAGAAAAAGAACGAUGUUAUUGUUUCCGCAUUGGAGGCCCGACGUACCCAGUGACGGGUGCAGGGUGCAGCGGUGGAUGCCCGCUGAACAUUUCCAAUCCUAUAUAGCGAGACCCGUCGCUAUUCAACAUAAAUCCCCACAGACGGAUUAUGAAGAAUCCUCUGGAGGCUCAUCCCCCGAGCGCAAUACUGACGCGCAAUUGGAAGGUGGUGAGAACGUGUGCGAGUGGCGUGGAUGUGGCAUACGUUACCCGAGCAUCGCCCGACUCUCCGCGCACGUAGCCCGUGUACACGCGCACGCACACACCGAUGGACACUUCUACUGCGGAUGGAAAAACUGCCGCAGACCGCAAAGAGGUUUUAACGCUCGGUACAAAAUGUUGGUUCACGUAAGGACACACACCAACGAACGUCCACACACGUGCAAUCAGUGUAACAAAAGCUUUUCAAGAGCAGAAAACUUGAAGAUCCAUCUCAGAUCACAUUCUGGAGAGAAACCUUAUGUUUGCCCUUAUGAGGGUUGCGGUAAAGCAUACUCCAAUUCCAGCGAUCGUUUCAAACACACACGGACCCACACUGUCGACAAACCUUAUUAUUGCAAAGUACCUGGCUGCAACAAGCGCUACACAGAUCCGUCCAGUCUUAGAAAACACGUCAAAACCAACAAACACUUUACCAAGGAGGAAGAUGUACGGCGAGACUCAUCAGACGGAGUCCAAAGUCCAGACGCGGCCAUUUCGUCACCUUCAAAGGAUAACAACCCUUGUCACACCGUGAUAAAAUCGACAUCACCUGUUCAUAUGCAUUCGCCUAACCAAAUGCAUUAUAGCCCACCGAGAACAACUUCACCGACAAUACCAUACGCCUCAAUACCAUUACGAGAACCCACCAUGAGUUAUCCAUUACUCGACCAAGUCACCUACAUAGAUCCAAUAUACCCAAUCAGAGUGCCGUCCAAUGAAAUGUCUUACUUAGAAUACACACAAAUGUAUGAGCACGCAUACAGAAAUUAUUAUUCAAACUCCAUCAGUUAUUCUACGUUACCACAGAGGAUCAGCGAAAAAGUAUAUAGUUAUGAUAAUCCUAUUCAAUACAAGGACGUUGAAAUGGAAGAAAUUCGUAAAGAAGACAGAUACGUGCCAGAGGAAGAAAUGCCUUUAAACUUGAUAUGCACUAAACAAAGGAUAGAGUGCAAACCUAUUGAAAAACUAGUCAAAAUAACAGACUUACCAUUAGAUUUAAGUACAAAAAGUUAAGUAAAUUAUUUUAAAACAAACAUGUA